GGGACAGACAGCCAGCACAGUGCAUGGAUCUUCAGUCACUCUCACAGUGCUAAAAACACAGAAUACUGCAGCCUGUACUCAGAGAGAAAGACACAGAGAGAGACUGAGAGAGAGAGAGAGAGAGAGAGAGAGAGAGAGAGAGAGAGAGAGAGAGAGGGGCACCGAAGGGGAGAGAAGAAGAUGCAUGGUUCGCAAUGUGGUGUCCCAGUGCUGAUACAGAAAUAGAGAGAACAAGAAAACGAAAGAAGGAUGGUCGAAAGAGGUCAGAGGAGGCCAACUUGAUCCUUUUUCUCCAUGACCCCUGACCCCACAGAAGAAGAAAAGUAGAGACAAGAGAAAGAGAGAGAGGGGGGACAAUACCAUCCCCUAACCCGCAGGUCCUCAGGAGUAAUGUCCCGGCGGAGCUCCGUGGGUGAGCUGGUGCCCAGGGACGUCUCUGAGAUCCUAGCCCGGGAAGGGAAGGCCCAACGUGGGCAGAGGAAGACCGGAGGGUCCCUGGGCCAGGCCUUCAGUUGGUUAAAGGGAAGCAAGGGGAAGAACAACGUCAGUAACAGACAGAACCGGAUGGGGAGUGGGAUCGGGGAUACAGAGGGAAACCAAACCAAACAUAGACAACACCAGAACCACAAUUCACCUAAAGCUGGUCCUAAGUGUCUGGAUGAACAGAAGAAGUUGACAGUUCACUACACAGCCUCCUCACACUACCAGGAGAAUGUGUUCAUCGAGGGCAGUCGCCCUCAGUACCUGGAAGACCUGCACACUGAGGCACGGGAGGGGUUAAAGAUACUACAACAAGAAGAAAACAACAAAGGAGUGGACUUUCAGGAUGACCAUAGUGAUGCAACGGACCAGGAUGUCAGCACCAAUCACAGGGAUGGAUCUCAGGAGUCAGGAAGUACCGCCGGGAAUUCUGUUACCGCAGUGACCACUGCUGGAUUGGCUGUGUCCACGAGACCUGUGCUCACACGCCAAGGUUCCACAUUCAAGCCUCUGAACCCAGUGAAGAGACUGGACAAGAGGAAGAGCAGGAGGACUACGAUCAUGGGCAUACCACAGCAGGUCCAGAGAGAGCUGGCCCUUCACAGUGACUCUGCGUACCAAGUUCCUUCCCAGCUCUCUAACGGCUCUGUCGGACAGGGUAGUGACGGCCAACUAGGUGUGGUCGUCAUCCCCACCGUCGACGGAGAGACCCCUCUAGCCAACUACGAAGGGGCAAGGGUACACCUCUCAGACCUGGAGGCAUCCAGAGAGGAGCAGCUGUUGAGACACCACCUCCAGUCUGUAUACAGGGACGACCAGGGCUUCAGCCACCACAGGGGACUGGACUCUCGUCUCUCCUCCACCCAAAGGCCCAAGUCUCUGGCCGUGCCGGGCACGUCCUGCUCCGCUGGUUUCCCCAGCUUCCUCCAGGAGCCACAGGGUCCGGUGAUGUCCAUCUCUCCCCAAGCCACUUACAUGUCUAAGAUUAUCCCCAACGCCUACCUGCCGGUCUCCGUAGACAUCAUACAGAUUGACCGCAGCACCAGCCGUACCCGUGGAAACAGCGGUAACGGAACCGUCCGUACCGUCAGCAGGAGCUGCCUGGCGUCCGGGUUGUCGGCCAGCCCUGCGUCGUCGAAGAGGUCGGGCGGUGAAGGUUGCUAUGAAGGCAGAGCCAGCGUUUCACAUGGUGACAGUAGUUCCCGUGACAAUGGCUCUAAGGAGACCCCACACUCAGUGACUUUGAGAUCCAGCUGGAGCCACUCGCAGUCUUCCGAGACGAUCAAGUCCAACUCCUCCGCCAUCUCCUCCACGAAGGGGAGCUUCGGACCUGCUAACCCACAGACGGUGAGCCUCGUUGGGCAGGAGAGACAGCCGCAGCAGCCUGGUGCUGACUCAGCUAGCUGGGUCAGCAGCACCAGUAGGGGUACUGGUACUGCGACCGCUCAGGAGGGUCUAUCUGGAUCUGGGGAGAUGAGCGAUGUUGGAGGAGACUCUCACAGAUUCUCUCGCUGUCUGUCGAUUGUGAAGACCAAGCUGCCCCCGGCUCCCCCCAGGAGAACCAACUCACUGCACCAUGAGAAGAUGAUAAAGAGGCGACUGGUGGAGAUUAAAGACCUCAGUGACUCUGUGGGUAGGAAGUUGGAGGCUGCUGAGGACAAAAGCUUGGUUACGAUUGAGAUCUCUAAAGAGCUCUACAAAGAAAUCACAAAGAGCUCUGUCCCUGUAUCCAACUCAUCUGGGUUUAACUCUUUAGAUGAUACAAGAUCUUCCACAGCCUCUAGUCCUCUGAGUCCCACACAGGCCUCCCAAGGAGGUUGUGGGAAAUCAGAGGGGCCAGUGUCCAGCAGCUCUUCCCCCCAGAAGGCCCCCUCAGAGGAGGGUACAUUUGAAAGGACCAUGUCCCCCUCCAGUGGGUACUCCAGCCAGAGUGGUACGCCGACACUUUCCCCCAAGGGGAUCCUCCCUUCCGUCUCCCCAGGUAAACAGAAGAAGUAUCCCGUCAAACCGGAACGAUCUGGUUCAAGAGCUUCCUUCUCUGCAGCCUCGGUCUCCUCUUCCCUCACCUCCCUGUCUUCAGUCACCUCAGAACUCGUCAAUCAAGAGGCCUCGAAAAACAGCUUCAGUCCUCUUCAGCCGGCCACCCUACCCCCGGCUGUUAUGAGAAUAGAAAAUCCAGAAACGGUGACCCCGGUACGUUUCUCUUCAUCCAUGGCGAUUAGUGAGCUGCUUAACAUUCCGCCACCCCCGAACAUCAAAGCCCCUUCCCCGCCACCCCCGGAAACCUGGGCCCACAACAGACACACCUUCGAACUGCUGUGCGGGCCUUGCCCCAAUGUCAACAGGCUAGCACAGCUCCAGAAGCAACAGGAACUAAAAGAGCAAGCUGCCAUGAUUGAGCAAAAGCAGGAACCUCAAACUAAAGCUAGCAAGGAGUCUGAAGGCUCGGACAAAAAGCAGGCUACGGUAGAAGAAGUUACUUUGACAAAAUCAGAAAGCAAAUACAUUGUUCACCAAGACAAGACUGAGCCUAUGUUAGAGCAGGCACCUGAGGUAUCCGAGAGCACAGAAAGUCAAACGAAAGAACAAGGAAGCCCGGCGGUGAUUGCAGAGAAAGUAAAAGCAAGUGUAGAGAUCCAGGAUCAGAAGCAGGAGCAGAGAAGUAGUAGCAGUAGUAGUGUUGCACAGGUCAAGGAUCAAGAAGAGAGGCUAGAGACACAAGUUAGUUUAACGAUGAUUCCAAAGAAGGAACCCCCUCCUGUCAUGAAGAAAAGUACUCCUAGAAAAGAAGCUAAAGUUCAAUUAACAGCAGAUAUUCAACAAAAGUCGCCAUUUGAUGAGGUCACAGUGAAGGUAGAGUCACCCAGCGAGAGUGAGAAGUGUUCUCCACAGGCUGAGGUAGUCACUAAGCAAGUUGAGGUAGUUGCUAAGGAAGUUGAGGUUGAGGUAGCAGCUAAGGAGGUCAAAGGUCAGAGUGCUACUGAAAACACUAAAAAGGAAAGUCCCACCAAAUCUACACAGACCCUUGCCGUGGAGCCUCCCAAAGUGAACCGGGUCUCUCCUCCAGCCUCCCCUCCCCCUGCCCACCACCCUCCUCCACCUCCUUCUAAGGCACCGCCCUCCUCUGUGGCCACUCCCCCACCAGAGGUAGAGGAGGAGUGUGAGGAAGAGAUUCCCACAGUACAGUCCUGCUGGCCCCCUCCACCCCCACCAGAGGAGCCAGCAGAUUCAGUCUUUCAUGAGCCAGAUGAGAUGGACUUUCCACCUCCUCCCCCUCCCUUCAUGACGGAGAGCUUGCCAGACGUGGUGGAGACAUGUAACGCAGUCGCUGAUGUCCAGGAGGCGUCCAUUGUAGCUCUGGAUGGGGAGGAUGUUAAGGAAACCGUGAAUGGUUUCACUGUAGCAACUGUGAAUGGGGAAACUGCAGAUCUUUCACCCAUUCCGGCUCAAAUGGAGCCAAAAGAGGAUAAACCUGAAAACGUGAUUCUGAACUCCAAUGCAAUCCCAACUGAUGAAACCAGCUUUGAGGAAUCUGAAUCAGCUGAGCUACAAUUAAUUCCUUCAGAUGAUUCAGCUAUCGUUUCUCCACAUCAGCCCAAUGAAAAAGAGGCAGAGGUCGAGCAAUCUGCCCAGAAACCAAUCACAAUGCAAGAAGCCACCCCUCAACCAACAGAUACUUCUCCUGAGUCACAGGAAGUCCCACCCUUACCAGAGGAUGUCCCUCCCCCACCCCAGGAAGCUCCUCCUCCUCCUCCACCAAUGACAACAGCCUUGGUGCCCCCAUCAAGUAUUCCUCCUCCACCUCCUAUCAAUGUCCCCCUCCCUCCCCCUGUACAAUUUGAGGAUCAGAUGCCCUCUGUGCUCCCUAACAGUGCCCCACUUCCACCCCCUCUCCCAACUGAGAACCAACCCACUAUGAUCUUCAGGAGACAGCCUAGCUUGGCAAACAGAGAGACCAGGAGCAAAGAGCUUCUGUCUAGGCACAAGAGUGUCCCUAUUCCCAAAGAAGAUGCCAACAUUCCACUGGUCACACCCUCUCUGCUUCAAAUGGUACGUCUCAGAUCGGUCAACGUUGGCGAAGACUACGUUAAAGCGCUUUCUGACGACAACAAUUCCAACAGUGGGAAACCACCUGCUCAGGAUCAGAGUUCAACCCAAAUCCAAACCCAAGGAUCUCAGAACAUAACACCCCAAAAACCAAUUCGGAAAUCCCUGUCACUAAAAUCCACAACUCCGUCACUGAAGUCAUCACCAGUGACGCUCAUCGCUCCCUCGAUGAGUUUGCAGGAAGCUAUCCGAAUGAAGACAGCGGCCAUGUCGUCCAGAGAUAAUCUUCCAGCAGGCUUUAGAAUGCCAUCCUCCACCUCAUUUCCCAGUCGCAGUGCGGGUGAAUCAGGAAUGUUAUCCUCAUUGUCACCAGAAGGGGGCGAGAUGCUAAAGACCCCCACCGCCACCGCUAGCUUCAUCUUCUCCAGGAGCUCAAAGAAGGUCGUCAUAGAAACGCCUGCCUCCUCCUCCCCCGAGGUACAGGCGAGCCUAAAGCAGAGCCUAGCCGCGGAACUCAAGCGCGUUUCCGAACAAUCUAAGGCUUCCACGGUCGCUAACGGCAACGUUGGAAGAACUGGGAUUCCGAGGAGAAUUCCGCCACCCGUGGCUAAGAAACCAGCUCACACCUUGGAGAAGCCUGUGUGUUCUACACUGAGGAGCACUCCGUCUCCAAGGGGAACAGAAGCUAACGGAGAGACAGAAACAGCGCAACCUGCGGGCCAGCAAGCACUGACAGAGGACAGCAAGUGAAAUGGAGACGUCUAACAUUGUGGAAGCACCAUUGCCCUUUUGAAAAAGACUGGAUUCUUGUGGAAUGGGACUAAGACGGGCGAACAAAGCAAGGACUGCAAGAACCUGAGAGACAUGGGGGGG